GCAGUUGUUGUUGUUGUCUGGUCUGGUUGCUUGGUUGUAUUGUAGCAUUUAUUACGAGUUUAGUUCAGUUGUUGGGAGUCCGUUUAUAGUCAAAUCACAAGUUUGACGUUUUAUUCGUGAGUAACAUUUGAACGAACAAGACGUGUUAAACGCGUAAAACUGAGAAAAAGCAAAUAAAUUUUCAAAAUAAAAUUUGAAUUCUGAAAAACCGUUGUUUUUUUUUUUAAUUGCUAGAAAAAAAGUAAUAAAUUACAAAGUUACAAAACCAAAAAAGUUCAGUGUUGUUAUUGGACUUCCUCCUCUACAUUUCAUUGAAAAUAUGAUUUUUUUUUAUAAAAAAAUAUAACGCAAAAAAUAUAAUUUCUGUUUAAGAAAGAAGAAAAAAUAUCGUUCCCCAACAUCAGUUCACUUUUUUCCCACUUCUUGACGAUUGAAACACAUACAUUGUGGUUGUGUGCUAAAUAAAAAUUAUUGAAAAGAAACGAAAAAAAAAUUUAACAAAAACCGGCAUUGUAACAAUAAAGCGGGACUCUUAAAGAAUCAUAAAAAGAACUAAAACGACAAACGUGCAGCAGCAUCUCAACAUCAUCAUCAUCACCAGCAGCAGCAGCAACAUCAUCAUUGUCGUCUCAACAAAGUCUGUGGAAUAAUCAGAAUCAGUAAAAGGAACAUAUACAAGUAGUGUGUGACUGAGAACAGUAUAACAAAACUAAAGUUAAAUCGCCUUCAGUUAAGUGCAACAAAAACAACAACUACUACUACUCCAAAAACCAACAACAAUAAAAGCAACUGUAACAAGAUGUCAGACGGUAUUGAAGUUGAACAAAUGGUUGAAUCCAAACCCAGAAGGAUGCCAAUGGCCACAUCAUUAGACAAGGAUGCCAUACGUGAAGCCUAUGAAGAUGUACGAUCUGAUCUCACUGACACAGAAUGGGCCGUUUUCAAAUUCGAUGGUGCACAAAUAAUUUGCUCAGCCCGUGGUCAAUGUUUCGAAGAGUUUCGCCAGCAGUUUGGUGACAAUGAAAGAGCCUUCGGUUACAUACGCAUACAAAUGGGCGAUGAAAUGUCCAAGAGAAAAAAGUUUAUAUUCUUAACAUGGAUUGGUCAGGAUGUGGGUGUUAUACAAAGAGCUAAAAUGUCCACCGAUAAGGCUAUUAUAAAGGAUGUCUUAAAUAACUUUGCUGUUGAACUUCAAGCAGGUGCUGAUACUGAAUUGGAUAUUGAACUGUUCCGUGAUGCUUUAAAUCGUGCCGGUGGUGCUAAUUAUGGUACUGGUGUUCGUAAUUUUUAAAUUUCCCCCAUGAACCUAAAAUCAACAAUUCUAAAAGUUCUCCUACAUAUAAAAUUUCUUUCUUUCAAUUUUAAUAUUUAAUAACAAAAACCUCAAGACAAGAAAAAAAAAAAACAGAACCAAUUUUUAUAAAAAUGCAACUUUUAGUGUUAUAAAAAAAA